UCUCUUUCUUUUUACUAAAGUGAUUUUAUAAAGACCUAAUCAUAUAGAGUUAACCCUAAUUAUAUCAUCUUCCCUCUCCAUCGCGUCUACUACAAUUCGGGUCGACAAUGGCCCCCGAAGUAGCUGAAAAGAGAAAGAAGAUUCAUCAGCCAGUAUCGAUUUCGUCAUUACCAGACGAAAUCACAGAGAACAUUCUUGCCCGUAUCUCGAGAUGGAAUUACCCUUCACUCUCUCUCGUCUCCAAGAGCUUCUGCUCUCUUCUAUCUUCUACACAACUCUACAAGACGCGAUCUCAAAUCGGAACCAACGAAACAUGUGUCUAUGUCUGUUUACAGUUGCCCAAUCACCCUUGUCCUAGCUGGUUUAUUCUUCGGGCGAAACCUAAUCAAACCCUAACCAAACAGAGAGGGGAGCUGCUUAUUUUUAAGGAGAAUUCAAGUGGAAACGUAUUGGUUCCGAUACCUUCCUCUUCUUCUCAUUCUCCUCCCAUACCAGGUCAUUCCACUGUAGCGGUUGGUACGGAAAUCUACAUAAUCGGUGGACCGUUGGCGAAGCCGUCUUCUUCUGUUCGGAUCCUUGAUUGUCGUACUCACACGUGGCGUGACGCCCCUAACAUGACCGUGGCCCGAGAGGAUGCAUGUGCGGUUUACCUUGAUGAGAAAAUAUAUGUAAGGGGAGGUUGCGGGAAAGAAAAAUCCGCCAAUUGGUUUGAAGUAUUUGACAUAAAGACUCAGUCUUGGAGAGCCUUGCGGAUUCAUGAUGAUGAGCUACGCAAUGAGUUACAAAGAUAUAAAAUACUCAAUGCUUUCCAAGGAAAGCUUUAUGUAAGGGGAGAUACAAAGGACUACACUUACGAGCCGAAAGAAGGUACAUGGGAAGUUGUUAAAGAGAAAGCAAGUGCAUAUAUAGAGGUUUGGUGUGUGAUAGAGAAUGUAAUUUAUGGUUGCACUCACAUGGGAUAUUACAUUUGGUAUUAUUACUCCAAGGGUAGAAAGUGGAAAGUGGUCAAGGGUUUGGCUGGAGAAUUGGGUGAGCCCCGUGUUAAGGUUUUAAAACUCAGGAGAGUGGUUGGAAUAGUAAAAUAUGGUGAAAACCUUUUAGUUAUGUGGAAUCCCAGUUGGGAAAACAAAAUUCGGUAUGCCGAGAUUUCCUUAGAAACAAGAUGCAAUGGAAGUGAGGUUUGGGGUAAGGUUGAGUGGGUUGAUGCUAUGCUUACAGUCUCUCACGAGUCGUAUAUAUUCAAGCAUUGUGUAAGUCUUUCGGUUUGAUGACUCUUAGUCUCUUGGAGAUGUAAAGGUC